AUGGAUAGUGUAUCUGAGAAUAUUGUGACUCUUUAUUGUUGCAUGCUACCUGGCUGUGCAAAGAAUUAUUCUACUAAAUUCAAUUUAAGAAGGCAUGUGACAGUCUAUCACUUAAAAAAGACGCAUAAUCAAUGCCAACUCUGCCAAAAAUGAUUGGCAAGCAAACAAAAUCUGCAGGAGCACAUGAGAAUGCAUUCUGGUGAGAAACCUUUCUCAUGCUCGAAAUGUGAAAUGAAAUUUAGGUUCGCUAGUCAGUUAUCUUUACACAAAAGAAAAUGCCAGUAUCAGGAUACCGAUGAUCUGGAAUUAAAAAUUGCUUAA